GUCACUUCACUUUGACAGGCAGCGCGAAUGCAGUCUUGUGUUGAUUAUAAUUAUUGUAAAAUAUUUCUGUUCUGUCGUGUCUACUACCUACUGCUAUAGCAUGGAUCGUAGAUAAAAAAAUAAUAUUGAGAGUUUAAUGAUUCUACUAUUAGUAUAAUUAAUAAUUUGUACGUAUAAUUGAAGGCAGCGUGUGUAUGAAGCUAAAGUUAUAAAAAUAAUACUCGAGUAUACAUUAAUAAUUCACGACAAUGUCGACAAGAAGAGCAAGAAUAAAAGCUGUAACCUCGUUACCGCCACGAAGAAAGAAUAACGAUACUGCAAACAAUACUAAAGCUAAGUUACUUGAGAAAGAAACGUUAGAAAAAUCUGCUAGAAGUCCUAAAACACCACGAGCUAUUAAAACACAAGACAAUUUAGACAGAUGUUCUCCAAAACCUGCCUCUCCAUUGAAAUCACCGCGCCCUGUAAAUAAUAUCUUAAAAAGUCAAGAAAAAGUACCAUCACCUUUAGUGCCUAAUGAGGUGUCUAAAGAGGCUGUAGGUACACCAAAGAGGUCGGAGAAAGUGUCUGUGAUUACGAGUACAUACAGCAUUAAGUCCAAUGUAUUUGUAUCGCCUAAGAGUGUCGGGAGUCCUGCAAAGAGGUUUGCUCCCUCCCCCCUUGUACAGACCAGGGUUGAUGUAAAUAUUCAAAGGAUCACACCAUGCACGCCUGAGAAGCAUAAACAAAAGAAUGCUGACGGCAAAGCUGUUGAGAUAGAUCUUACUGAUGGCAAGUCUGCAGAGUUCAGUAAGGGAGCCAGCAGUAAUGUUGCAUCAGAUGUCCCAGAUGACUACAACGUCCCCAGCGUACCUGAAAGCAUUACUGAAGAUGCAGUUAUGGAUGGUAUUGUGCCACUCCAAGCCGUGUCUGGAGCCCCCAAACUGGCUCUGCUGAAGAAUGAGAUUAUAUCAGAAAAUGCUGAAGUGUUGUUUGACCCUAUUGUGCCUUUGCCUUCACCGAGCAAACUGCGGCCCAAACUUCGACCGGUACCUAGACUUGCGCCUUUGAGAAGAAAUAGUGUUCAGGGUAGUGCAUCCGAAUCGGAGGACGAGAACCGGCGCGCGCUGCUCAGCAGCGGCGGAACCAACACGCCUGCUCCAUCGAGACAGCGACACGACUCACACAUCACAAACAGGGAAGUGGCCCGCGUAAGGAAUGACUCCGUGUGUUCGAGUGUUAGUCAGGCAACGACACAGCCACCGACUGCCUCAUCGCCUGUCAAAGAGAAGCAUGUGUCCAAGUCGCGUCGCGUUGAUACAUCUCGGCGUAACGCAGCGAUGCGUCGACGUCGCGAAGCCGUCAACAAAGAUGAACUUACUAUGUACGACCUCAUCUUUUACAAUCCCACCACCAACCCCAUUGUUCCUGACAAAGACGAACUCCAAGCCCAAGAAGCCAAUGAGAAGGAAGAGGCGGCUCGCAAGGCCUCCAUGGAGGUUGAGGAGACGCCGGCGGAACAACCAGAGACCGACGCCGCGCCCGUGCCACAGAUCAAACUCGGACCCAAUGGGGAGAUCAUGCUUGAUGAACAGAGUUUGGUAAUAAAAUCGUCCGACAAGCGCAAAGUAUCAUCUAACGUGGUGCAUGAGGGCGCUUGGGCGACGAGCAACACGUCCGGCCGCUACCGCCGCACGCCGCGCACUGCGGACUGGUGCGAUGCAGAGACUGUACGCUUCUAUAGAGCACUGGCAGCUUUGGGGACGGACUUUAUGCUCAUGGAGAGGUUGUUCCCGGGACGGACGAGACGAGAUCUUAAGCUUAAGUUCAAAAAAGAAGAACGUGUGAACAUGGCUCAAAUAGACAAGGCACUCCGCACGACUUGCAAGUGGGACGCGAAUCGACUUCUGGACGAAUUCCAAGCCGAACGCGAGGAGGCCGACAGGAAGGCGCAGGCCGAGGCCGAGGAGCAGCGCAGGCAGGCGCGGGAACUGCGCGAGAAACAGAAGGAGAUGCGCGAACUGCGCGUGCGCAUGAGUCGAGGCUCGAAAGCUUUAGGUACCUCCAGCUUACCUUUGGCAGAGAGUAUUCUCACAGCUGAUGAUAUUAUCAAACAGCACCAUGAAAUGAAAGCUCAGCAAGCGAAAGCUGCUGCUAUGCCAAGACCGAGAGGCCGGCCGCCUUCGAAACCCGGCACCCUAGCACGCGCUCGCACCACGACGACAAAACCAACAUCACAACCAGCCGACCAAGAUAAGGCUACAAUACCGAAACUUGACCCGACCAAAUCACAAGGAAAAACGCCCGAUCAAAGGCAGACAAGCACUCCCACACCAGUUGUGCCUUCGAAUAUCGAGAACGGGUCCUUAGUCGUACUCACGGUCAACGACCCCAACUCGCUCCAAAAGAUGUUACAGACUUACAUAGCCGGUGGGGGAAGGUUAACCCCAGUCGCUUUACCACCAUCGUUUUUAAACUCCGUCGUUACUUAUAUGAAAAAAGGUGGUGGUACACCAAAAAGCAAUAUGUCUGCGGGUUCGUCCCCUCAUUUGAUGUCACCCAGCAGUGUAACGAGCCAAGAUAGUCGGCCAUGCUCCACUCCAGGAGUCAUUCAGAUCAAUCCUAGUCCUGCUAAAAGACAGCGACACAGCUCUUAUACAGUCACACAACUCUAAGACAGGAAUUAAGGCAGAAUAAAAAUAGUUUUUGGGUUGUGCUACAACUGUUUAGGCAUUAUAGCACAUAUAUGUAUAUAGUGUGUUCCAUGGCUUUGCUUGAUGUAAAAACAGUAAGAUAGCCAACUAGUGAGAAUAAUGUAGUGACACAAAGCUUCGUUAAAUAAUGCAGUGACAUGAAUUUGGCAAAAAUUGUAUUUGCAUUAUGUCACCGGAAAAUGAAAAGAUCGUAAUUUGAUCCAUUUUCUAGGUAGUUGAUCAACUCUCGGAAAAUAAUAAACGGCAGUUGGAUAGUACUAUUUAACGCAUUGAAUUUUAGCUAAUUGGUCAUCUUACGGUACCUAGCCGUUAUUUAAUAAAUAACUAUAUUGCUACAAGUAAAAUCAUCCACAAAUGGGCCAAUCGUUGCCCAGUGUAUUAUUUGACGGUACACUAUUAGCCGUCACUUAAUACUCUUAUUGGUCGACAGCAUUAAAUUAUAAGCAUUUAGCACGCGUUCGGUGUUUAUUCAUAGAGCUUUUAACCAAUCAACUUACACCUCGCCUUUGUCGGAAGAUUUAACGGCAAGACGCCGUAAAUUAAUCAACUUACUAAUGAAAAAAAAAUACAUACUUUAAAUAGUAUACAUUUCAAAUGCCGUUUAUUAUUUUCCGAGAGUUGAUCAACUACCUAGAAAAUUGAUCAACUUACGAGUCUUGUUAUUUUCCGGUGACACAUUUAUUUUGCAAUGCAAAACAGCACUUAAAAGGCAACUUUUGCUUGUGCUCAAUAUUCGUCACUAUCGGGACAGUACCUGAACAGGUACAGAAAAAAUUAAAUUAUUUUAAAAUGCGAGGAAAUUGAUAGCAACUACAGCAAUAAAAUCAUGUUCAACUAUUGAACUCACUUGAUGUAAUCUCCAGUUGCUCUAUUGCUAGAAUUAGCAUUAGCUUAUCACAAGUUUUAGUAAUUUUUAAUUUAUAAUGUAUUACAAUUAAUGACAAUUAUUCUCAUAUUCAGUUAUGAAUUAUUUAUAAUUUAAAUCCCUUGUUGUAUGUCUUUAUUGUAAGCUAACUAGAUAUAAGAUUGUAAGUAAUACGCAUUUCUCUAAGUACACAAUUUCAAUCCCAUAAACGAAGAUUGCGUACACUGUGCAGUAGUCUUGUUGGAAAAAAAAACAUGCAGAACUUUUUAGCCGAGGUACGGUGCGAGAUUCUUGUUGUAAAUAUUUGGUCUCUACUUAUUAACAGUAUACUUAAGUUUUCGUCAAACCUCGUGGCGGCUCGUAACUAUCUUCCGGGAACAAGUAUAGUUACCGGCACGGAUAUUGAGCUCUCGGCGGAAGAGUGGAGAUCGCUUUGCGCACUGUACACAUAAGGCAAUAAACCAAUAAAUCGUCAGGGCUCAAUAUCCGUGCCGAUAACUAUACGUUACCUUCGCUGCCCCCCUGAUUACCAAAAAUGGUUUCGAUUCGCGCAAUGCGAAUGUCACUAACGAGCUGACCAGGCUCUGAUAGUGUCGAAUGAGAUUCGAUCAUAAUAGAUGUGAUAUGAUUGUUUAUUGAUAAUGAAAUCUAUUGUAUGAUCUCGGAUGAAUUGUAAAUACAAAUAAGCUUUCAAUUAUAAAUGCAAGAUGUUGUAAAAAUAACAAAAAGGGAACUUAAUGAAGAACUGUAAAAUUUAUUUAACUAAUAAUGAACUUUGGCAAGCUCAUUAUACUUUCAUCAAGAAAAUGAGUUAAAAACAAUAAUAGACCAGUUAACAGACUUUUUCCACUUAUUAAAUGAGUUCUACCAAACGAA